AUGAGUACCUCGGCCUUGAUGUCUCUGCUAGUUACCCAUCCACUCGAGUUCUUCACUCUGCUUCGAUUCAGACUCUUUUAUUCACCAAAGCGCGAUAUCACUGCUCCCAGCGAGCAUGCGCAUACAGGAUGGGAUCGCAAAACAAUGCGCAGAUGCUGGGAGUUUUUGGAUAUGAAGAGCAAGACAAUAGGGGGCGUCAUCAAACAAUUGGAAGGCGACAUAGCGAGAAUUAUGUGCAUUUAUUGGGUUGUUCUUCGCGCAUUGGACAUCAUCGAAGAUGAUAUGACCAUACCCGAGGAGAAAAAACAGUAUCUCCUUAGAUCGUUCCACGAGCUCAUAUUAGUCCCUGGUUGGAAGUUCACCGAAUGCAACCCAAAUGAAAAGUUGCGUUGUAUGCUCGUCGAGUUUGACGUCGUGAAUGAAGAGCUUCUUCGUCUCGAUGCACCGUAUCGCGAGAUUAUCGUCGACAUCGCGCACAAGAUGGGUACCGGCAUGGCAGACAAUUCCCAGCGCGCCGCCGUGACUGGCCAAGUUUACAUCGAGACAAUUGCCGACUUCGAUUUGUACUCGUACUACGUUGCUGGGCUUGUCGGUGAGGGAAUGAACCGCAUUCUUGCGCAGUCCGGAAAGGAGGCUCCCUGGCUUCCCGAACAACACGCGCUCACGAACUCUAUGUGCGUACUAUUCGAGUACAUUGACGUAAUUCGGGACUAUCGCGAAGACAUCGAUGACCAGCGAUUCUUAUGGCCCAGAGAGAUAUGGGGCAGGGAAAUCUACGGCAAGACAGUCGGGCGCCCAGCGUUCAGCAAGAUGGAAGAGAUGUGCGAACCCAGUAACAGGCACCAGGCAUUAUGGGCACUCAGCGGGAUGAUAGUCGAGGCUCUACGGCGCAUCAUUGACACUCUCGAUUAUCUGCAUCUCUUACAGGGGGAGAAUGUAUUCAAGUUUUUCGCGCUCCCUCACACCAUUAACUUCGUGAGGAUGUGCGUGUGCUACAUGAACAUCGAGGUCUUCCAAAAGGAGACGAACAUACGUAAGGCGGAGAUUGCAUCAUUGUUCAUGCGGUCCAUGAACCCCAAGGAUGUCACGGGUAUAUAUCGAGAGUACGCGGGCAAGCUCCGCAAGAGUGCUGUCCCGGAGGAUCCAAACUAUGUGGAUCUAGUAGUGGAGUGUCUGAAGAUCGAGUUAUGGUGCGAGCACUACUAUCCGUCGCAAUCGCGCGUCCAACUGCCCACUCCAAAGGGCUCGAUACCAUUAGUCUUCGAGUCCGGGUCUCGUACUCGGUUGUCCGAACUCGCAGGAAAGGGCAAGCGAGAUGUCGCAUUCGAAGCGCGUGCUCGGGAGAUCGUCGCGAGCGGCAAAGCGAGACGUCGCUUUCCGUGGCGGAAGAUCUAG